AAAGAUUCGCCGCCGCCGGAACCCCCCGGGACCUGGGCCGAAGCCGCCGAAGAUGGAGACGGUCCCUCGGGGCGGCUUCCAGCCUCACCCGGGGCUUCAGAAGACGCUGGAGCAGUUCCAUCUCAGCUCCAUGAGCUCCUUGGGCGGCCCGGCUGCCUUCUCGGCGCGCUGGGCGCAGGAGCUUUACAAGCGGGAGACGGCCAAGGAGGCAGCGUCGGUGGCCUCUUCGUCCUCCUCCUCCGUGGCCGGCCCGGAGGCACCGCUGCCUCCUCUGCCCGCCAUCCCUCCUCCCCCCGCCCCGGUGAUGCCGGGCCCUUUCUUCAUGCCGUCGGACCGCUCGACGGAGCGCUGCGAGACGGUGCUGGAAGGCGAGACCAUCUCCUGCUUCGUGGUGGGCGGCGAGAAGCGGCUCUGCCUGCCCCAGAUCCUCAACUCCGUCCUGCGCGACUUCUCCCUCCAGCAGAUCAACGCCGUCUGCGACGAGCUGCAUGUCUACUGCUCCCGCUGCACCGCCGACCAGCUGGAGAUCCUCAAAGUCAUGGGCAUCCUGCCCUUCUCGGCGCCCUCCUGCGGCCUCAUCACCAAGACCGACGCCGAGCGCCUUUGCAACGCCUUGCUCUACGGCGGUGCCUACCCGCCAAGCCGCUGCAAGAAGGAGAUGCCCUCCGGCACCGCUGCCAACACCCUGGAGCUGGAGCUGACCGAGGGCAGCUUCAGGAUCUACCACGAGUGCUUCGGCAAGUGCAAAGGCCUGCUGGUGCCCGAGCUGUACAGCAGCCCCGGAGCCCCCUGCAUCCAGUGCCUGGACUGCCGCCUCAUGUACCCGCCGCACAAGUUCGUCGUCCACUCCCACAAGGCCCUGGAGAACCGGACUUGCCACUGGGGCUUCGACUCCGCCAACUGGCGAGCCUACCUGCUCCUCAGCCCGGAUUAUGCCAGCAAGGAAGACAAAGCCAGGCUCAGCCAGUGCCUGGACGAGAUGAAGGAGAAGUUCGAUUACAGCCACCGGUACAAGCGGAAGGCGCCCAGGGUCCCAUCCGAUCCGCUUGUCCCCAAGAAACUCAAAACAGACGAUGCCCUGCAGUCUCCCUUACUUGGGGAUAAGGACAAGCAGUCCAGCUGGCUACGAUCCUUGUCCAAUUCAUCCAGUAAGAAUAUUGGGUGUCUUCAUCCGCGGCAGCGUCUUUCUGCAUUCCGGCCCUGGUCCCCCGCCGUUUCAGCCAGCGAGAAGGACGUCGCCAACCACAUCCCGACAUUAAUUAGAGACAGUUGCUAUUCAUAUAAAAGUUUUGAGAACUCCGUCGCACCCAACGUGGCGCUGGCCCCCCCUCCUCAGCCAAAGAUCGUGAGCAACCCACUGUGCCCCCCGGCUGCCUUGCAGAACGCCGAGCCCCUCAGCAGCCCUCCCCAGCUCCGGAAAAGGAAACACGUCGCCGAACACACAGUUGUGCCCGAACCACCGCCCCCUGCCGCAGCCGUGCCCACCGUCGUCCCUCCCGUCCCUGCCGCGGAAGAAGAGAAGGAAUCUGAAGCCGAGAUAGAAGUGGAAACCCGAGAAGAGUUCACUUCCUCCCUGUCCUCGCUCUCCUCGCCGUCCUUCACCUCUUCGGGUUCAGCCAAGGAUAUGAAUUCCCCCAGCCUGCAAGUCCAGCCCGCCGCCGGCAACGCCGUCUUUGAAGUGUCAAGUCACGCCGAGCCUCAGAACGGGCCCAACGGGCUGGAAGCUGAGCUGGAGCAUCUGAGGCAGGCCUUGGAUGGCGGCCUGGACACCAAAGAAGCCAAAGAGAAAUUCCUCCACGAGGUGGUGAAGAUGAGGGUGAAGCAGGAGGAGAAGCUCAACGCCGCCUUGCAGGCCAAGCGCAGUCUCCACCAGGAGCUGGAGUUCCUCCGCGUGGCCAAGAAAGAGAAGUUGAGGGAGGCAACGGAAGCCAAGCGCAACCUGAGGAAGGAGAUCGAACGCCUCCGGGCGGAGAACGAGAAGAAGAUGAAAGAGGCCAACGAGUCUCGGAUACGGCUCAAGCGGGAACUGGAGCAGGCCCGACAGGUCCGGGUAUGCGACAAGGGCUGUGAGGCCGGCCGUCUACGAGCCAAAUACUCAGCCCAGAUCGAAGACCUCCAGGUGAAGCUCCAGCACGCGGAGGCGGACCGAGAACAGCUGCGGGCCGACCUCUUGCACGAGCGCGAGGCGCGCGAGAACUUGGAAAAAGCCGUCAAGGAACUGCAAGAGCAGCUCUGGUCAAAGCAUAACGACCUGCCCAACAGUGCGCACACCCCGAAAGACCCCGAGAACUGAGACCCCACCCCAUCCCACCCCACCUACACACCCCCGGCUCAAGACCGGCGGAAUCCUGCCUGUGGCCCGAUCCGUGCAUAGUAAGCAAGACUGCGUGGAAGAGGCGUUCCCCAUCCCUACCCCUGCAUGUGGCUAAAGACCAUGGAUCCAUGGUUCUUAAAUCGGAGGGCAAAUGUUGUUAACUAAUAACGGAAAGCACUGAAAUUCUGCCUCUUUUUUUUUUUUAAGAAAAAAACAAAACAAAUCCGUAUAGCACAACAUUUUCCUGUGCCUAUAACGUGACAAAGUGUUUAUAAAUCUACUCUUUUGAGUCUGCAGCAAAAAAGAAAAAAAUAAGGAAAAAAAUUUAAAAUGUAUUUUUCUUUUCUACUUGGGGGGGAAGGGAAAAAAAAACCCCUAUCUGGUCAGCAGCAUUUGUGGAAAUAAGGGACAAGCUUCUUCUAGGGCUGCUACAAUUGUGUGUGUGUAACCCCGAUAAGCCCUUUUCUUAUAAGCUAUUUCAAAAUGCAAAUCGUUGAAAGCCGAGAUGACAUAUUCAAAUCAUUGACAAGAUUUUCUUUUUAAAAUACAAAAAAAUAAAAUAUAUUGUAUAUGAAUGCUGGGGCCAGGGGGUGGGAUACUUUUGAUGCCUAGCGUGUAAAUUGGUACAGGUGUUGGAAAGUGUUUCAGGAAAGAAAAUAGCCAUGAAUGCUCUCGAACCAAGGGAUAUUUUUUAAGGAGAAUUUCCCAAGUUUCGGGAUUCCCCCCCCCCUCCUUUUCUCCAGGAUUCAGACUCUUUUUUUCCCCCCUACGUUGGAUCAUUAAAAAAAAAAAAAGCUAGUAGAGGGAUAGAGAUCUGUCCUAAAUCCAGCCUUACGAAAUUCAGUGUUUUGUUCCUUGCAAAGACUCGCUUUGACUCCAAAGCACUUCCGACUUUAAGCAAACCAUCACCCAUCAUGUCCCCCCCCAAAAAAAAAA